AUGGGCCCCUCUUCAGAUGAGGGUCUUACCCUGCAGUACGUGACCAAACGAAUUAUAGCUGUCACCUCACCAUCGACUUCAUCUGAGAAGGUCUAUAAAGAAUCGUUGUCCAGGGUUGCGCAUCAAUUAAAGGCGGAUCAUCCGGGGACUUUUAAGAUUUGGAACGUCUCCCGAGCCCGUAAGGAUUUAUACCGUCUCGGCCCAGUAGUGGAUGUCGGAUGGCCAGCUCCGUUGGCACCGCCCCUUGACAGAUUAUGCGUAAUGUGCAAGCAAUGGGAGCAAUUCCUGGCCGAAUGCCCACAAGCCACCAUCGUCGUCCAUUCAAGAGGAGACCCAUCUAGAUCAGCCAUCGCCAUCUGCGCUUAUAUGCACUAUAACGCGAUAUGUGCAAACGACGAUGCCGUGGAUGACCGUUUCUCGAUGCAAAGAUACGCGGAUCGAUACCUCGGCGCACAGGGGCAACCGAGUCAUAAAAGGUACCUGACCUACUUCUCGAACCUUCUAUCCGGCAAAACGCGUGUCAACCCGGCCGCUAUUUAUUUACAGAAAAUCAUCCUCCAUCACCUCGUCGAAAAGAGCCUCUCGUUCAAAAUCUACGAAAAAAUGCGCCCCGUUUAUUCCACCAAUUUUGGCUCGGCAAAGGAUGUCUCAAAAUUUGACACUGAGCAAGAGGUGAAGCUCCGGGGCGACAUUCUCAUCAAGUGUAUCGCCAAUCGGGGUGAAAAUAAGGAGACGCUCUUCUUCUGCCAGUUCAACACCUGCGCUCUCGAGCUCUUGGGCAAGACGCCGAGUCUGUCCUUCUUCAAGGAGGAGCUUGACUUGAUAUUUGCUGAUCCUUCUAUCGACAACCAAUGCAAACUGGAGCUCAUCUUCUCCCUUGAUCCACCUCGUUCUCAACGCAAAAGAUCAACUACAUCCUCUUCAAUCGAUAUUUCAAGGGCUGAUAGCUACGAGAGUUUUGCCCUGCCAGAAGACGACGCCGACGAGCCGGUAGAAUACAGCCGCAUCGCCAAGCCCGUCAGCGAGGAUUCGGGGUUGUCGACGACUUCGCCGAGUAAAGAGGAAUCAUUGCCCCAUCACCCUCAAAUGGGCCCCCCGGUCCCUCCAAAGCCGACAUCACGGCCUGGAAGUGUGCAGCCGCCAGAAGAUGAACCACAAGGGGAAUAUGUCGAAAGACGAGGUGUCCUCCCAGCCUCCGUUCGUCCCAUGGUUAAAGCACAAAAAGAGCAAGACGCCAGAGAGGAGCAAGAACUCAAGGAGCAACAGGAAAAUGGAAUGCUGGCCCCGCUAGAUGAAUUGAAUGCCGAGAUUCAGCAGGAAAAUAAUGGUCCCGCAACGGCGGAGAAAAAAGCGGCGCCGAGUCUUGUGCCGGAUUUGGUCGGAAAGGAUAGAUACGAUAAAGCUUCAAAGUGCUUCUCCUACGUCCCUUCAAAAGCCCUAAAAGAAGCCUUUUCCCAGCCGAAGAAACCGACACCAAAAAGAAUAUUCGACACCAGCAAGGAAAACCUUGAUGUUGUUAGGCCAGAAGAGUUGUCGAGAGCCCAUGAAUAUACGAGGGCUGUCGAUUUGGUCAGGAGGGCCGAAUCACCGAAAUGGACAGAUACGAUCGACUCCACAGCUCGCUACAAUCACGAAGACGUCCGGAUACCAACAAGCUCGGAAGUCAGACAGCCAGAACGACCAAAAUGGGAAGAGGAGAUUGAAGAGGCCAGAAAGGCUGCACUCCGCGACGCUGCCCCAUACGGUCGCUACCGUAGCCCAGCGCAGGGCCCCGAGAGGAGCAAGAGCGCAUUUGGAGAACGAACCCGAUUCGAUGACGAUGAGUCGUGGACCGACACGAUGCACACGAACGGAUCGCGGCGUACGGGCAGCAGCUAUCGACAGCUGGAUGACAGCAGAUAUGGAAAUGACAUGGACGACCUGUGCGACCCGGAUUUCUACCUGAACUACGGUACCCAGAAACGGCAACAAGCCCCCAAGAGCGAGCAGUUGCCCCGGAAACAGUACAGACCGAUUGAGGAUCCAUAUGGGCGCCACGACCACUAUGCUCAACCACAGCCAGUGGCCGCCGCGUCGACACUUGAUUUGCAUCUGGACGAGCUGAAUCGAGUGCCGCAAGACCGUGACGCGUGGCGCCAGCGGAACUGCCGCAGCGUGACGUCAGCUCCAGAACGCAGCCGCUUAACCCUUCCCCGCGGGAAUGAAGAAGAACCCCCGCAAGACGAUUGGCUAUCCAAUAAAUUGAAGAAAUUGAAAACAAAGAGGGAAGAUCCAGAUGUGACGAGGAGGAGAACACAGGAGAGGAUGCUGUUGGAGGAGCUGAAAAACGCGAACGACUCGCCACGGCCAGCCGGACGCGAUUAUAAUGAAGUGGCUGCCCCACGAGAUCCGCUAGAGGCCUAUAGACGCGAGGAAGAACGGCUUAGGAAUACUUCAUCACCAUUUGACGAUUUGCCCAAAAGGAUGGGAAGAGGAGUCCGCGGCAAACCCCCGACCCCUCCACCCCGUGAAAGGAGUCGUUCUCCUCCUCAGAGCCGUGUCAACACCCCAGGCUUGGAGCAACACUACCGCCAACCCCACCAAAACGGCUACACCUCGGCGAAGGAGACGAACAUUGACGACGAUUUCGGCGAUUUUGCGCAUCUCGGGAAUAUUGUUAAGAACGAGAACGCCUCCCCUGCUCCAACCCAUCGACACGUUAAUCACCACCAACAUCAACAACAAUACGAGACGCCACAGGGACAGAGAAAACAAUCCUCCGAAUACGCGAGACCAUCGACUGUCGAUCCAUCGGCUUGGGCUAAAGGAAGAGAGACACCAUCGGCUAGAUAUCCGGACAACCGCUACGCCGAGUACGAUUCGUUGUCGCGUGCACAGACUCCCUCGGGACAGUUCUACUCCGGACAGGAACGUGUCGCCGCCGCGAUCGCCCGUGCCGAGACCCCAUCCCGUCAGUACUACGGUACCCAGGAAAGAGCCCAAUCUGUCGGUGGAAGGGCCGAGACCCCGAAUUUCCCCCUUCGCGGCGAGACCCCGCUACCGUACCAUCCAUUGCUGUAUAGCCAGGGUACCGCCAGUCGACCGGAUUUGUCGCGCAACAGAUCGGAGCCGGACGGUCAAACGAUGUAUCAUAGGUCAGCCUCCCCGCGCUCGAACUACUACAGCCAAUCCCUCAGCCGGCGAUCGUCUCUCAAUUCCGUCGACCCGGGCGAGAUCAUCCACCACCAUCCGGUGUUUGUGAAGGAUGUGUCGAAAUAUUGGUACAAGCCGACAAUCUCCAGGGAACAGGCCAUCAACAUGCUACGCGACAAGACACCCGGCACAUUCGUCGUCCGCGACUCCAACUCGUUCCCCGGAGCUUUUGGAUUAGCCCUAAAAGUCGCUGCACCACCGCCAGGAGUACAAUCAGGUGACGGUACCGAACUGGUGCGCCAUUUCCUCAUCGAGCCCUCACCAAAGGGUGUCAAACUGAAGGGAUGCAAUAAUGAGCCGGUGUUCGGCUCCCUAUCUGCUCUCGUCUAUCAACAUUCCAUCACUCCACUCGCCCUGCCCGCCAAGCUGAUUCUGCCCGAUUUCGACCCUGCUACAUCAGUGGAGCACGUGUCGGCUGCACAGCUUCUUCUUGAGCAAGGCGCAGCCUGUAACGUGGCCUACGUCGGAUCGGUGGAUUGCGAAUCUCUGACCGGAAAAGCAUGCGUCGAGCUCUGCAUGGCAAGGCUGUGGAAAGACAACGUCAUGGGAUACUUAACGCCAGUGUCCGUACACUUUAAGGUGUCGGCCCAAGGGAUUACAUUGACGGACAACACGCGCAAACUCUUCUUCCGCCGCCACUUCCCCACAAAUACCGUCAUCUACGCCGGACCGGGACCUGACGAUCAACGAUGGGACAACACUGACGUCAUCGGCUUCUCCGAGGGCUGCGUCCGCAACGCAAAAGUGUUUGCUGUUGUCGCGCGGAAGGUGAACCAACACGAAAACCAGUGCCACGUCUUUGCUGAACUUGAACCCGAACAGCCCGCCCACGCUGUCCUUAACUUCAUCAACAAGGUUCUCCUCAACCCCUCACGACGACAA